GGGGAGCGCGCGAACCACGGCCGCCGGUUGCCCACCGCAAGGUGACCCGCAAACGGUCCAGAGAUUGAGUCACCGGUGUAUGAUUAUUGUUUUUUAAUGCACUGAAUUCACCGCAAUACCUGACCUGACGCUGGCGACUGGAGUUACAGUUAGUUACUGGAGAACUUGUUGGAUGUCGUGGUUGUAUUUCUGUCUCUGAUGAGUCUCUUGAUAUGUUUUAGUCAUGUGUUGUUUUAUUUGGACUGUAAUAUGCCGGGGGCAAAUUUGGCCUCAGAGAUACGAUACCUUAAUACCCGUGGACCCAGGUGUGUGUUGAUGCUUUCUCCCAGUUCAUUGAUCAGGAAAUGACACACCAAAAAAUUCAGACCCCUAUUGUGUGGAGGUAAUGUCAACCUGGCUCAGUCGGUAGCACUCUCACCUCUGAAUUAUUAUUGAAGGUUGUGGAUUCAAGCUGCACGCUUGGACUUCCAGCUCAGCUGGGGACGCAUUGCAUUCUCAGAGGUUCCGAUUCUGCAGUUGAAGAGUCCGAUGGAAGCAUUCCUGAGCACUGGAAUAACUCGAGUGAUGGACGAGAAUUUGGCAUGACUGUGGCAUCAGUCAACUCUGUUUUCGAUGGAAGUAGCAAGAGACCGUGUGUGACUGGGAAGUGGAGCCCGGUAGCCGAGCCUGAGAGCAAGCUUAACACAGAGACCAUCGAGCAAGAGGCCUCGACCCCUGGGACGUGUGGGGAGGACAGCACCCCUGACAGCUCAGUGCACGAAGCUUCAGAUAGACCAGCCAAGCCCCAGUGCCCGAGCACCCUUUGCCGACAGAAAUGGCCUCUGCGCAAACCGUCAUGCGAUGGGCUGUACUGCUGCGAGCACUGCGACUUCAACAGUCGCUACCCGCUCGAGCUGAAGCAGCACGUGAUCCUCAGGCACCCGGACGUUCAGCCCAAUGUCUGCCUGGUCUGCAAGCAGGAGUUCCUCACCUACAGCCUGCUGCAUGAGCACCUGCAGGGGCACGGGGCAGAGGAGCAGGAGGAGGGGGAGCUGCUGGCCCAGGCGGAUGGCAUGGCUGCGGCCGGGGAGGACCUGUACUGGUGCGAGCAGUGUGACCUGCACUUCUGCACCACCAGCGAACUGCACCUGCACCUGCAGCAGCACGGGGGCGACGAGCAGUACCUGUGCCAGUUCUGCGAGCAUGGCACGGAGGACGCUGCAGAGCUGCAUGCCCACGUGCUGGCGGAGCACGCGCACAGCCUGAUGGAGAUGAACGACAGCCUGGAGGAGGGGCUGCCCGGCCCGGGGAGCUACGCGGGCAAGGUGGGCUUUGACCGGCGACGCAACUUCUUUGUCUGCCGCUCGUGCGGCUACAGGAGCCGGCUGUACGUCAACGUGAGCCGCCACGCGGCCAUCGAGCACGCGCGCUUCUUCCCCUACGUCUGCGACGACUGCGGCAAAGGAUUCUGCAACACGGCCGAGUACCACAAGCACUUGAACUCGCACUCCUCCCAGGAGAUCUACCUGUGCCAGUACUGCGACUACUCCACCGAGCAGAUCGGCAGCCUGCGGGCGCACAUAGACACCAGCCACGCCAUGGCGCUGCCCUACAAGUGCGAGAUGUGCAUGCUGAGGUUCCGCAGCGACGCUGAUCUCAUGUGGCACCUCGCCAAACACCAGCAGGAAAACAGCCUCUUGUGGUAUCAGGGAUAUGAGAAUUGAAGUCGCUUCCUUGGGCUUUUUGUCUGUAGCAUUUCAGUGAUGCGGGCAGCUUGUCGCCUCGAUCUUUUAGGGUUUGGACGAUGAUCCUGUGGAGGAGGACUCUUGUUUAAACCUCAAAACUCUGUCCACUUCACAACCACCUGGCCAAGAUUUUGCCUGUAGGGUGUGGUGGUUUUUUUUUUGUUCCAGGGCUGCGGGGUGGGUGUGGGAACCGCAGGGGUGUGUGUGAGCACUGGCGGAUGUUUCAGUUUUGCUGAUUGUAUUGUACAGUGCGCUGGUAAUGACUGAACAAAGCAGUAACCGGCUUCUCUCAAAUCUUUGUCUCACAAAUCAAAUGAUUGUUUCAGUAUGCAUAUCGCUACGAACCGAAAAGUGUGCUGUCUUCUGGGGAAAGAUUGGGGAGUGGAGCUGCUUCCUGUCAAUGUUUUUUAAUUAUGCAAUUGUGAUCUUGUGUUUGGGGGCAGUGGGAUAGAUGGAGAGUUUGUGGCUGACUCUUUGGUGGAAAAGGACUGAUAAUCAGAGGCCUGUUUGAGGAGAGGGGCUUUAUUGUACUGUUCCGUUGGAUCAGUAGAUUGUGCUUCCAUUGAGGUGCACAUUAAACUAUUCCUUAUUACAGGUACCACAGACAUGUUCAGGGGGGUAUAACCUCGGGAAGGAAAUAACAUUAAGUUGUAGUGUACUCUUAUCAAUAGCUGCAGUUCUUUAUUUCUGUCUCAACGACAUUUCUUAGCAGCCAGCUUCUUGUCUUUGUAUGUGUACUGCAGAUCAGGAUUGACAUUGGGUGAACAGCACCAGCCCACUAGAUUUAGCCACAAAGAAAUACCCACUUAGUCUGGUGUGAAUUACAGUCUACAAAUACACAGUCACUACACUUCACUGUAAAAUCCUGUGAAACG